CUCGGCCUCCCAAAGUGCUGGGAUUACAGGCUUGAGCCACCGCACCCGGCCUACCUUAACUACCCUUUAAAGACCCUGUCUCCAAAGACAGUCACAUUAUGAGAUAGUGUUAGGACUUAAACAUAUGCAUUUGGUUGGGGGGGGGACAUGAUUCAGCCAUAUCAAGGUGGGGAGUGGAGUGGUGUAACUGCUGCUGGGUGUGCGUCUCCUUUUUGGGGUGAUUAAAAUGUUCUGGAAUUAGUAGUAAUUAGUGUGCAUCUUUGUGAGUAUACUAAAAACAGCUGAAUUGCCCAGCCAGAAAGGAUGAACUUUGCGCUAGGGCAGGAAGAAGGCUGGCAGGCAGAGAGAGGAGAAAGGGGGCUGGAUGAGCUGGCCUGCUGGCAGGGGUCCUAGUACUACGUAAGACCUUGCCCUUCUCCACAAUAUCUGGUGUUAAAGCUCAUUAUGGGGACCCUUUCAACCCGGGGUUGGGAUUGGAAUUGAGACACUGAAACUUCAAGAGCUGGGCUCUGGCCCGGAUGGGCAUUUGCUACCGAGCAAGAUAGCCUCGUGCAGCACAUACGGGGUUUCCUGUUGCGUGCACUGUCCUAAGUCCUUCUCAACUCUUUCGUCAUUGAGUUCUUACAGCGGUCCAGUGAGCUAGGUACCAUUCCUCCCUUCAGGCCACGGUGCCGGGUCACUUGACUAGGGUCCCACUGGGAGUUCGAAGGAAGCCAGGCUAGAGCUCAGGCCUCUCACCAGCUGGAGGCCUUUCCCAGACUCUCUAAGGUGAGAGGCGCUGAAUGGUGUCAGCCUGGGCCUGAAUGAGUGACCCACGGUGCUCAGUGAAUUUCAGGAACAGAGCCAGGGGAAGCUGUGGUGGGGGGUGUCUUGAUGGGAGAGAAGCAGGGCUGGGCGCUCACCUGGCUUCCCCGGACCUGCAGGUCCAGCCUUGCUCUCCUUCCCCCGAGCACCUCUGGCCCAAGGCCUGCCCACUUGCUGGAGCUGGCCCCUUGGCGAGGCUGCCGGGAGGGCCCGUGCUGCCAGGGCGAUCAGAGUCAGUGCUGGAGGUGAUGAAGGGACGCCCAAGGGGGUGCCCAGGUGGCAAGAUGCCUGUAUGCUCAGGGAAGCCACGUCCCAGCUCGCGAGUGGGUGCGGCAGAGGCCCGCGUGACCUUGCUGCUGACAUUCCUCAGAGGCCACGUGGCCCCAACUGGCAGGGACAGCUGCGGACAGGGGCUGAACCAGCUUUGUUCCCAGGGUGGCGCCUGCUCUGCAUCCAGGCCCCACUCCCGCUCCCACCCGAUGCUGCUUUUGUUCCCAGGUUUCAGGGGGCAGCCGGCACUGUGAUUCCUGUGCCAUGAGUGCCUAGAGGCACGGAGCCACGAGGGGCCACCCCACGUGGGGCACAGGGCUUGGGGAGCAUGGGGCAGGACCAGACCAAGCAGCAGAUCGAGAAGGGGCUCCAGCUGUACCAGUCCAACCAGACAGAGAAGGCACUGCAGGUGUGGAUGAAGGUGCUGGAGAAGAGCUCGGACCUCGUGGGGCGCUUCCGCGUGCUGGGCUGCCUGGUCACGGCCCACUCAGAGAUGGGCCGAUACAAGGAGAUGCUGAAGUUCGCCGUGGUCCAGAUCGACACCGCCCGGGAGCUGGAGGAUGCCGACUUCCUCCUGGAGAGCUACCUGAACCUGGCCCGCAGCAACGAGAAGCUGUGCGAGUUUCACAAGACCAUCUCCUACUGCAAGACCUGCCUUGGGCUGCCUGGUACCAGGGCAGGUGCCCAGCUCGGAGGCCAGGUCAGCCUGAGCAUGGGCAAUGCCUUCCUGGGCCUCAGCGUCUUCCAGAAGGCCCUGGAGAGCUUCGAGAAGGCCCUGCGCUACGCCCACAACAACGAUGACGCCAUGCUCGAGUGCCGCGUGUGCUGCAGCCUGGGCAGCUUCUAUGCCCAGGUCAAGGUGGGCCUGUGCCCCAGGGGGACAGCAGUGGAGGGUUUUGGGGCUCCCCUCUCAUGAGGCACACACCCUGUAGCACUACCUCAUUCAGCCCUCCUUUUAGGGAGGGAUGAGGCAAGUGAGAUCAGAGGGAAAAGGCUCUUCUAGGAAGGUAACUACUUGGCCAGGAGGCCAGCAAGGGCAGAGCCAGGAUUCAAACCUUGAUCUGUCUGACUUCCUGGAGGAAUAAUGGGAGGCUCCUCUGUGAGGACAGGCCAGCGGCCUGCCCUACCAUGUUUGCUGUGUGGUCUUGGGCAAGUCACCUCUCCUCUCUGAACCUUGGGAGAUCUGUAAAAUGAAGGAGAAUAGGACUCACCUUACAGUGGGGUUGUAUGGAGUCAGUCACCAAAUCUUUAUUGAGCAUCUACCGUAUCCCAAGACUGUUGGCCCAGGGUGUAGCAGUGAGUAGAACAGCCAAGUCCCCGUCCUCACCAGGGUUCCGUUCUAGUUGGGAAAGAAAGACGAUCACCACAGUCAGGAAGUCAAGUGGUUAGGAGAAAGCGAAGUGGGCAAAGGGCUGGCAGCACUGGGUGUGGGGGUGUCAUAAUUUCAAACACGGUGGUCGGAGGGCCUCGCAGAGGUGAUGUUUGAUGGCUUGAAGAAGAGAGGGUGCGUCAUGCAGAAAUCUGGUGAGAGAACAUUCUAGGCAAAAAUGGGGGAACCCCUAAAACCAAACUGGACCCUGGGGAGGCACCCUGGAAUGCUUCCUGGAAUGU